AUGCUGGCAUGGCAAGACAGCGGGGCCAAAGCGGCUCCCUCCCUCCACAAGAUAUCCUUCUCGGUCCUGGACAUCCUGGACCCGCAGAAGUUCACCCGCGCUGCGCUCCCGGUCGUGCGCCCCGCGCCCCGGGAAGCCAAGAAAAGUUUGGCCGAGGCCGAAGCAGGGAAGGGCGUCAGCUCCGGGGAUCCAUCCCGACACCGGAAGACCCCUGAUGCUACAGGCCGAGGCGCCCGCGCUCCAUCCCCGCUGGAGGGCUCCGAGGCCGAAGAGGCUGACGAGGAGGACGCGGAGGACCCGGGGCGGCGGCGGGAGCGGGCGGCCGGGGGCACUAGCAGCAGUGGUCGCGGGCUCCCCGGACUCGCCCGGCUCCCCGCGGCCUCGGCGCCGGCGCGCCGAGCCCAGCCUGGCCAAGCCGGGGGCACUAGCAGCAGUGGUCCCGCGGGCUCCCCGGACUCGCCCGGCUCCCCGCGGCCUCGGCGCAGGCGCGCCGAGCCCAGCCUGGCCAAACCGCGGCGGGCGCGCACCGCCUUCACCUACGAGCAGCUGGUGGCCUUGGAGAACAAGUUCCGGGCCACGCGCUACCUGUCGGUGUGCGAGCGCCUGAACCUGGCGCUGUCGCUCAGCCUCACCGAGACGCAAGUCAAAAUCUGGUUCCAGAACCGUAGGACCAAGUGGAAGAAGCAGAACCCUGGCGCCGACGGCGGGGCGCAGGCUGGGGGCGUUGCAGCCCAGCCCGGGGCGCCGGUGGCGCAGGCUGGGGCGGGCGGCGCUGGGGCCAGCCCCGGACCCCCGGGCCCGGGAGCGCUGCCCUUCCAGACUUUCCCCUCCUACACGUCCGCCAACGUCCUCUUCCCGGCUGCUUCCUCCUUCCCACUGACGGCCGCCGGAGGUCCCUUCGCACCCUUCCUGGGGCCCUCCUACCUGACCCCUUUCUAUGCUCCGCACCUAUGA